UGCAGGGAAAACAUGGAAGAAACAAAGUCGGUUUGUUUCAGGUCUGGAGUAUUGUUGCAGGACUGGAUAACAUUCAAAGCAUUGGCUUUGGAAGAUAACAGCUGGAUGAUGAACGAGAUAGCCGACGAGAAAUAUCGUCGUCUCUUGAGCCAACUUAUCAACUCUUGUAGUACACCUAAUAUCUUAACGAAUUUGGUAACCCUUAUUGUUGAGAAAGCUAUCCUUGAGCCGACCUUUUGCCCUAUGUACGCUAAACUAUGCUCUGAUCUCCAUGACAAGCUGCCUAAGUUUCUACGUGAGCUUGGGGCUGAUAAGGCAACUGAGAAGAUCACAUUCCAGAAGCUAGUGUUGAAUCAAUGUCAAAAGUUGUUCGAGGGAGCUGAAGGGCAUAGUGAAGAGCUUAGAAAGAUGAACGCACCAAAUGAGAAGACAGAACGGAAGGAGAAGGAAAGAUUGUUGAAUCUCCGGGCUCUAGGAAAUCUUCGUUUGAUUGGUGAGCUUCUAAAGCAGAAGAUGGUUCCACAAAGGAUUGCUCACCACAUUGUUCAGGAGCUUUUGGGGAAUGAUAAGAAAAUGUGUCCAUCAGAGGAAAAUGUUGAAGCUGUUUGCCUCUUUCUGAAAACUGUCGGCAAAGAACUUGAUGGGUCAAGUUUAUAUUCAAAAGUGAUAAACGAUAUCCAUUUCAGACGUUUAAAGAAUCUGUCGAAUCAUUCUGAGUUAGUUAUGCGACGGAGAUGUAUGAUUCGGAAUCUCAUCCAUCUGCGCUCCAAUGGCUGGAAGGAAGUGGUCUCCUUGAAAAACAUCAUUAUUAGUGCUUAAGCUUUCUGAGUUGCGAAUUUAGAUUUUUUUUUUUUUUUUUGCUCUUUACAUCUUCUUUGUUAUUGUGCUUUGUCCGAGACAAAUGGGAGUCGAGCAUUUUGGGAUUUAUUU